CGUAUCGGCCGUCAGUCGCGUACGGCUCGUCGCACCGUGAACGUCGUGUCGUGUGCCAGGAGGUGGUGUGUACGUGCAUACGUGUGCGCGCACGCGCGUGCCUAUCCGCGUUCGCUCGUUCGUGUUCAAAGAGUUCCGGAGUUUUCGUGAAAUCGUUUACGGUUUUUUCGUCGUGCAAGAAAAGGUGCGAGAGAAACGACGCGACACAGUGCGCGCCCGUUUGUGCCAUUGAGAAACGAAACGACAGAUGCCAUGGAUGCUUGGAUGUACGAUGUGGUCUGUAUGAUGUCUGGCGCGGGUACCGAGAAUAUGGUCGGCAACAGCCGGACCAUGGCGAACAUCAAGCAAGAAAUCGAGAAUCCCACGACGCCGACUCAAAACUACCAGGUCUGCUCGCCGACCACCACUCUUCAACAUCAAGAGGUGAUCUGUAGCAAGAUCGAGGUGUCGACGGAUUACGGGGGUGGCGGGGGCAGUCCUGAAAGUCCAGAGAUGCAUCAUUGUUCCUCGACGACGCAGCCCCUGGGGACACCUGAGGAAGGCGUCAAAGAGGAGGGCAUGAUACCCAGAAGGCUUUGCUUGGUGUGCGGGGACGUGGCUAGCGGGUUCCAUUACGGGGUCGCUUCCUGUGAAGCGUGCAAAGCCUUUUUUAAAAGAACUAUACAAGCGAGUAAUUUCACAGGUAAUAUCGAGUAUACGUGUCCGGCGAAUGGCGAGUGUGAAAUAAACAAGCGCCGGAGGAAAGCGUGUCAGGCGUGCAGGUUUCAGAAGUGCCUUCGACAGGGCAUGCUGAAGGAAGGUGUCCGGCUUGAUCGAGUCCGAGGAGGCAGGCAAAAGUACAGAAGAUCUACCGAUCCCUACACGCCGGUGAAGACGGCUCCAUUGGAAGCAAACGUAGGGACAGGAGCUUCUAACGAAAUAAUAAAUAAUAAAAUGCUGGAAGCUCUGGCUGCUUGCGAACCCGACAUGCUGCAAGUCUCUAAUCUCUCCCAUACUCUCGAUACGGAUCAGAGGAUCCUAGGACAACUGUCGGACCUGUACGAUCGGGAAUUAGUUGGGAUAAUCGGUUGGGCGAAGCAGAUCCCAGGAUUCAGUACGUUGGCUCUGAACGAUCAGAUGCGACUGUUGCAAAGCACGUGGGCCGAGAUCUUGACGUUUAGUCUUGCAUGGAGGAGUAUGCCGAAUAACGGUAGAUUAAGGUUCGCCCAGGAUUUCACCCUUGACGAGCGAUUGGCGCGUGAAUGUCACUGUACGGAGCUUUACACGCACUGCAUCCAAAUCGUGGAGAGGCUUCAGCGGCUGGGUCUGACCAGAGAAGAGUAUUACAUGUUGAAAGCAUUGAUACUGGCGAACAGUGACGCGAGGUCCGACGAGCCGCAGGCACUCUAUCGUUUCCGGGAUGCAAUACUGAACUCAUUAUCGGAUUGCGUAGCAACGGUGCGACCUGGACAGGCACUGCGAGCCACCCAAAACAUGUUCCUAGUGUUGCCAAGUCUCAGGCAGGUGGACGGUAUUGUUCGUAGAUUCUGGUCGAGCGUGUACCGAACGGGGAAGGUACCGAUGAACAAGUUGUUCGUGGAGAUGCUGGAGGCAGCUUACUACCGAUGAAGCGUCAACUGACGAUGAAAAUUGCUUUUCAAAACCAACAAAUUCAAACCUGAAGGACUCUGUACAGAACUGCACACCGUUCGACGGCGAACGGUGUCAAUGUUCCACUUACGACACUCUGGCAAUGAGCAUGAUAGAGCAGCUUCCUAGGCAUCUCUGGGAGUGUCAGUGAGCCGAUAGUGAGAUAGAGAGAGAGAGAGAGAGAGAGAGAGAGAGAGAGAGAGAGAGAGAGAGAGAGAAAGAGAGAGAGAGAGAGAGAGAGAGAGGAAAAUAGAGAGUGGCGGAGAGAGGAGACAGAGGGGAUACUGUGCGUGUAUGCGGUUCUAUUUGUUUUUCGUUCACAAGGAAGACUCCCAGGAAACAAGGAAAAUAGAUAAAAAAAGGGCUUUAUUUUUCACAGAGCAGGAAUCAGGGUUUUUCGGCCGGUGAUUACCCAGCAAUCGUUGGAAACUCGAGGGAGGGAGAGAGAGACAAAAUGAGAAAUCGUGUUUUAGGGACGUAGGCAGGCACACGCUCUUUCGUCGAAGUAACCAAACUUUCCUUUUCGAGUACCCCUUUUACAGGUACGGAGAAAACUAAAACUUGAUGUUAUUUCAGGAUAGGGUACGGUACCUAGUACAAGACGCGCGAGACGCUUUAUCCCUUGAGGCUCUCGCUUUAGGAUAGUUCUAUAAACGAAAAAGUCUGUCCGAUCUGGGCGGAGCAACCUACCAAAUAAACAGAGCAAACAAAAAAGUAUAGGAACAAAAGAAACGUACGUUUUCGUUUGCGCUCGAGAAGACACACCGACGCGCCGGUUGUCGUAGAAAUCAAAGCGAGAGGGAAGAAUAAUUAUACGGAAUAGGAGGUUUUACCAAUUCCGAUGACCUUGGUAAGCGUCGUCGAGGUUGACGUCCCGAGGCCUUGGCUUUCGAGAUAUACAGACAAAUAUGUUUGAACAUCUCAAAUAUUUCGCUUGAAAAAGUGCAAAACAUCGACGUUGGCUAUCACACGUUUCUAGGUCAUCGAAUUUGGUCGGUAAUCUUCUCUUCCAGCUAAUUAUCGUAGAAGAGGAGAGGAAAGAAGCGAACGUAAUCGACUGUGGGUGUUUGACAUUACAUAUAGUUAGCAUCGUGUUACCAAAUGACUACCAGAGUUCAAUCAAAAAGAUUCGACGCGCUGGCUGCAGUUGUUUUAGCAACGUCUUUUCUCCGGCGGAGGGGGGUCUGUCAAUUUUCGGGGGGACUGAGGAAAAAAAGAGAAGACAGUGACUCUUAUAUUUUUCAUAAAUCGUCGACGAGAGAAGAGUACGUCGUUUUGUAUAGUAGAGUAACAAAAACUGCACGUUUUAAUACCAUCGAAUCCGUGUCGACCGAUGCGAAAUGUAAAAAGAAACGAAACCUACAGAUGUGCGUGUAAUACCGUUGCAUUGAGCAUCCAUAGUUUUAGUUCAGUGCGAGAGAGAGAGAGAGAGAGAGAGUGUGUGUGUGUGUGUGUGUGUGUGCGUGUGUGUGUGAGAGAGAGAGAGCGAGAGAGGGAGGAAUGAAUUUAGCAUGUGCCGUUGUACAAAUCGAACCAAGUUAGCGCGAAACAAGAGCUGGGCUGGCCAGUGAACAAUGUAAAAAGAUAAGAAGACACUGAGCGAAAGAAUGGCUGGAUCGUUCUCCAUGUCGGGCCAUGCUGGUACUUUGUUUUAUUUGUUCCACGCUUGAAGGAAAAUGUGAGACGUUGGCGUGAAAGAAAAAUUGUUUCUGAAGGCGUAUCCCUGGCCUGGUCGCCAGGUUCUCUUGGCAAAGAGAGUGGAAGUGAGAGUGAAGGAGAGAGAAAGAUGAAAAUUUAAUCGAUUGUUGAAAUGAUUGCGGACAAAAAUGAGAAAUGUUAUUCGCGCGUGCCACACAGAGAGCGUAGGAGAAUAUAUAUUAUUAUAUAUUAUUAUAUUAUAUGUAUUCAGGGAUCUUUAUUGUCUAGUUACUACUGUUACCGGGAUAACCGCAGCACACGCGGCUCCCGCGCAUAAUAUUAUCGCUUUCCUCGAAGCGUGCGAAAAUUGAAAAUCGAAGAAAUCGGUACGACGUCGUCUCGGAGCUGCUACUCACACGCAAAGGUUUAUUUGUUUUUCGAAAGACACGCUUUUUCGAAGCAAAAUUGUUCAGCGAGGUUUUUCUUUUUCCGGCUCGCGCCGACUCGUCGGCCCUCCGUUUCGUUGUUUGGCAUAAGGUUCAAGGAAGUAUGAAAGAAGAAUUUAUGUUGUCCAACACCUGUUUCGUGUUCCGCUAAACAACAGGUGAAACGUGUACACUUUUUUAGAAAUUUCUGUUUCUAACAAAUUCAAUUUUUUAAGUAAAGGAAAUCGUUGAAACAAA